GAAGUGAGUAACCGUAAAAGUACCCUAAUUAGGGUACCUCCACUUUUUUCAAAAGUGGGUGAUAUCUAACUCAUUUUAGAGUAACAAAAAAUGAGCGUGUAUAUUCGUUUCUAUUUGUGACAAACUAAAUUAGUGAAGAAAUCCAAAUGCUUCUAAUGUUAUGGUUGGCAUAACUCGGAUAGAAAUACACCCCAUCAAAGUAGAACCCGUUCUGAUAGAAGAGGAAGAGCCUAUCGCGAUAGAGCCGAUGAAGCUGGAAGAUUCCGCUAUGAUACAGGUCGAAGAAUUUCUGAUAUCCUAUGCUCAGGAUAUGGAUACAGAACCGGCGAUUACCGGGAAUUGUCGCAGCUACUGUGAGGUAGCUGGUUGUUUCAGCGAUCCACAGAGCUCACUAAUGUCACCAAUUGUCGCUGGUCAGAGCAGCAACGUGCCGCAGAGUUCGGAAAAGCCUCACCUUGUUGCCCAGAAGAAAUAUGUUUGCUGUGUUUGUAAAGAAGGAUUUGCGUCGAAACGGUACCUCACCACCCAUAUAAGAGAACACAUCCCGGCGAAGGGAUUUAUCGAAUGGGAUUUUUGGAACGAAGCAUUGUUCAAGGCUAGCAUCGGAGAGUCGAAAAGUGAAGAUCAGCGCGAAGAAACGGCUCAUCGUGAAGAACACGAAGCCGUAGAACCGAAGAAACCGAAGAAGGUAAAAUCCGCCUCUGGCUCGUGUAUCUAUGAAGCUGAUCAGUUUUGUUUUGUGUGCGGGAAAUAUUUAAGUGCCAAAGCAACAAAGUUUUCUGUAAAAAACAACGAAAUGUUGAAAAAAGCUUACAGUGUAUAUUUUGAAUCAGAAAUAACUGAUUUGGAAAAACCGUGGGUUCCUGGAUACGUAUGUUCUACUUGCUUUAGAAAUUUAUCAGCAUGGUAUAACGAAAAAGACAGUACACAACAGUGCUUAGGUUUUACAACUCCACGUACUUGGCAAAAACCGGCGAAUCACGUAGAUGAUUGCUUCCUUUGUCUAUUUAAACCUCCACAGGGUUUUCGACGAACAAUUUACCCGGACUUGCAGUCAUCGAGCGCUCCCAAACGACGUUUACCCGGGACACCUGGACCACCUAAACCCAAUAAUCGUACAUCCAAGCCUGGUUGAAAUUAAUGUGUUCGGGUUUUUGUGACAUAUCUAGUUCAGAUAAGGAAUAGACUUUCAUAUAUCUGCUGAA